AUGGUAGCUGAUGCACUUCCAGUUACCGAUGAAGAUGUUCCAUCCACCUACCCAGAGGCCAUUCGAAGCAUAGAAAGUGGCAGUUGGGCAAGUGAAAUAGAAGAUAAAAUGCAAUCUCUUAAGAGGAACAAGACUACCCCACUUGCUCCUCAUUUGAAACUGAGUAGCAGACUAUCUCUGACAACUGAUGAAGAGCAAGAAUAUAUGGCAAAAGUCCCAUAUACAAAUGCAGUUGGAAGCUUGAUGUAUGCAAUGGUGUAUACGAGACCAGAUAUUUUUAAAACUGUUAGUGUUGUUAGCAGGUACAUGUAUGAUUCGAGAAAGGGUCAUUGGCAAGCUGUGAAAUGGAUUCUGCGGUAUCUCCAUAAUAUUGUAGAUGUUGGAUUAACAUUUGAGCGGGAUAAAUCACUUAGUCAAUGCAUAGUUGGAUAUUGUGAUUCUGAUUAUGCAGGUGAUUUGGAUAAGCGACAAUCUACAACUGGCUAUUUGUUCACUUUAGGAAAGUCACCAGUUAGUUGGAAGUCUACCUUGCAGUCUACAGGGGCUUUGUCUACAAUAGAAGCAGAGUAUAUGUCGAUUACAGAGGCUGUGAAAGAAGCAAUUUAG